AUGGCAAUCAUUCAGGAGUACCAUGUUUCUGUGGAGGACAUCCUGAAGGUGCUGGCGCAGGAGGAGGAGCACAAAGUGAGCUGCUACGAUCAAGAUGUGGAAGCAAUGGACGGAGAACCCAAAGAGCUGGCGGCUCACACCCAAACGCUCUCGUUCACCGAAAGCAUGGGCGAUGUUAAAGACGAGCAGCCGCCGGGAUGGACGACUGCCGCCGCCGAUAUGAAGUUUGAGUAUCUGCUCUACGGCCACCGCGAUCAGCUGGCAUGCCAAGUGUGCGGAAAGAGCUUCAUCGACGAGAACCGCUUGAGGAAACACGAGAAGCUGCACUCGGCCGACCGGCCGUUCGUCUGCGAGAUCUGCACCAAAGCCUUCACCACUCAAGCGCAUUUAAAGGAGCACCUGAAGAUCCACACGGGCUUCAAGCCAUAUCGCUGCGAAGCCUGCGGGAAGUCGUUCAUCCGCGCGCCGGAUUUGAAGAAACACGAGCGUGUGCACAGCAACGAGCGGCCGUUCAGCUGCCAGAUGUGUGAGAAGGCCUUCAAACACAAGUCGCACCUGAAGGACCACGAGCGCCGCCACCGAGGAGAGAAGCCCUUCGUGUGCGGCUCCUGCACCAAGGCCUUCGCCAAAGCGUCCGAUCUGAAGAGACACGAGAACAACAUGCACAGCGAGCGCAAGCAGUUGCAGAGCGAGACCGAGCAGCUCCAGGCCGCAGCAAUGGCCGCCGAGGCCGAGCAGCAGCUGGAGUCCAUCGCCUGCUCAUAAUUACUGCUCGUCUUCAUUCUCUGAACUGUUCCAAUCGCAGAUCUUAGUGACUUUUCUCUUAUAAUUUUAAACAUGAUUUACACUGUUUUUCGUUGUUUCUUUUAUAUGUAAAUGGUGCAGACGUUUUCUCUUAUUGUACAGUUCAUACUAAAUGUAUUUAUGGCAGCUGAUGGACGAUGAGUUGUUCUUCCCUUCGCCUGUACAGCGUAAACUAGACACCUCUGUGAUGUUAACGGAUGGAUGGAACAAGCUUCGGGUCAAUCAUUCCAUCCGAUUCUUGCGAAAGGCUGUGAUGGUUUGCACAUGCAGAUAUAUUUGCUGUAAUAAAAGACUGGGGAAUCGUC